AUGGCCACCAAUAUCCAGAAGUACGCCGAGGAGCGAAACAAACGUCUUCGGCCAGAGGGCACGGCUCAGUACAUCAAUCUCGCCGACUCUGAGCUCCGAAAGCUUGUUGCUGAUCCUUGGGUGGACUACGAGGCCCUCGCUCGCCAAGACCAACCACUUCAAGAUGGCGGAAGCACGAAGUUUCUGGUUGUCGGUGCUGGAAUCAACGGCAUCACAUAUGCUGCUCGACUUAUUGAAGCUGGCUUUAGUCCCCAGGACAUUGUACUUGUCGACACUGCCGGCGGGUACGGGGGUACCUGGUACUGGAACCGUUACCCAGGCCUUAUGUGUGAUGUUGAAGGCUAUUGCUACCUACCGCUACUGGAGGAGACUGGCUAUGUCCCAAAGCACAAGUACUCCUUUGGGGCUGAGAUCAGGGGACAGCUAGAGCGUAUUGCCACUCAUUACGGAUUCCGGGCUAUGUUCUCAACCAAAGUGGACAGUCAUGUCUGGGAUGAGACCAAGGGCCGUUGGAUCUUGGAGAUGACGCAAUCUUUUGGCAAUGUCCAACCUCCGAAGCAGGUUACGGUAGAAACUCAGUUCCUUCUCCUUUGUGGCGGCGUUCUUGCCAUCCCCAAAGCCCCAGCUCUUCCAGGAUUUGCCGAAUUCGGUGCUCGAAAUGAGGUUUUUCACACCUCUCGAUGGAACUACGACAUUACCGGUGGUAGCCAGGAUCGGCCUGACAUGGUUAACCUGAAAGACAAGCGCGUGGCUAUCAUUGGAACUGGAGCCACAUCAGUCCAGGCCGUACCCCAUCUCGCAAAGUGGGCAAAGCACCUCUACGUCGUCCAAAGGACUCCAUCAUACUGCGGGGAGCGAGGUCAGAAGGAAACGACGUCUGAGGCUUGGGCUGAGGUUACGGCCUCUGGUCCAGGAUGGCAGCAUCGUCGUAUGACGAACUUGAACAGCUUUUUAAGCGCAGAUCCUGAGCCUGUAGACCUCGUCAACGACGGCUGGUCCAAAAACCAAGCUAGAGCCGGCCUAAUUGGUAGCUCCUCACGACUGUGGGAACAAGCCGCGACGGGAGAUCACAUUGAUGUGCUCCGUAGGAUGGAUGAACCCAUCGCUGAAGAGCUUCGGGCCCGUGUCGACAGCGAGGUCCAGGACCCAGACACGGCUGAGAAGCUGAAGCCAUGGUAUCAUGGGUGGUGCAAACGACCAACCUUUAACGACGAUUAUCUCGCCACCUUCAAUCGCGACAACGUGACUCUUGUGGACACGAACGGCAAGGGAAUUGAUCGCUACACAGAACGCGGCAUCGUCGUGGGUGGCCGUGAGCUGGAAGUUGACGUCCUCGUGCUUGCUACUGGCUUCACUCUUGCAAGCCAGUUGCUUCCUGAGGACAAUAUCAAAGCCAGUAUAAUCGGUUGUGACGGACGUCACCUGAAAGACAAAUGGAACUCGCCCGAACUUGCGACUCUCUUUGGUGUGGCUACCAAUGGUUUUCCUAACCUCUUCAGCCGCUUCGGCCCGGGUGGACCAGCCUCGUAUAAUAUGACAUCUGGUUACGACAUUACUGGACGAUUCAUUGCACACAUCAUUGCCCAUGCGACAAAAGAAUCCAAUCAACCCCAACGUCUGGUAAUUGAGGCCUGUAGGAAAGGUGAGGAGAAAUGGGCGGCUGAAGUGGUCAAGCGUGCAGCGUGGUUUUCGGCCUUUUCCAUCUGCACGCCGUCAUACUUCAACUCCGAGGGCGAAAAGGCUCCAACAACAACUGAGGAGGCUUAUCAGUGGGCUUUGAAUGCUGGUUGGGGAUCAGGGAUUAAUGACUAUCAACGUAUUAUCGACGAGUAUGCCCAGAGAACUAGUGAUCAGCUUGAAGGUUUUAUCAUCAGGGAGGUCUGA